GUUUCCGCUCUAACGUCCACACAACCUUCAACCUUCACAAGGUCUCUGAAGGUCAAGGACAUAAGGUCUGAUUUCCUUGCAUCUGUGUGUUGAUUCCUGGCUGUGAGUCUCGGACGGUCCGACACCUGGGGCAUACAAUGAGUGGACACAAGACGGUGUUAAUUGCCGUGGACGGCAGUGUGCACUCCGAACGUGCGUUUGACUGGUACGUGACAAACCUAUACAGGGAGGGAGAUGAGGUGAUUGGCCUGGUCUGUCCACAGAUCGCCAACAGGUUGUCCUCCAUAGCAGAGGAAGAAAAGAACCCAGACGGCAUCAUGAGAAUUAUUGAGGAUGAGCACAAACGUAUCCAAGAAACAAUAGAUCGUUUUACAAUGCGCAUUGAGACUACCCAGGUCAAAGGGGAGGUAAUCACUGCUAACGGGAUAUCUCCCGGACAAACAAUUGUGGAGAUGGCAGCGUCUCGUGGUGUCAGUUUCAUCGUCAUUGGUUCACGUGGCCGAGGUGUCAAGAGACGCACUCCCAUUGGCCACGUGUGCGACUUCGUCAUGAACAACGCCACGGUGCCUGUCAUGAUCUGCAAGGAUGCAUAGUGACAUUGCUGUAACUUGGAGGAUGAAUCAUGUUGCGUUCACGUUAAAUUGGCUUAUUACUUGCCAUGAAAAGAAUGUUAUGAGAUUCCACCGGCCUUAGGGAUUGGGCAUCUGUUAUGAGGGCGGUGGAGCAGACUAAUGGUUAAAGCGUCCGCCCGUCACGUUGAAGACCCGGGUUCGAUUCCCCACAUGGGUACAAUGUGAGAAGCCCAUUUCUGGUGUCCCCUGCAGUGAUAUUGCUGAUAAGCAGCGUAAAACCCAAUUCACUCACUCAUCUGUUAUGAGCACGGGAGGCGGUCGGAUUGGUUUCAAUACCACCCCAGGGUUCUGUUACACUAAUAAGCCACGCCCACUUCUCCCCAAAAUACAUGUAACAAGUUUGUGUGCCCCUCCUUGUUAUAAUAGAUGUCCAGUUCCUCAAUAAUGGACAAACGUGAAACUAAUACAUUUGAAAAUAUA